AUGGAGCUCACAUAUGAGAGCAAAGACUGGUACUUGCCAGCCCUUGCGACAGGGGGAAGCAUUUCCAACUUGAACCGACAGCAGGCAGUCUUCUUGGAUGACAUAGAGUGUGACGACUCGGAAACGUUUGCCAGGGCAGUCCGGAAUGCACAUCAUACUCCUGCAGCAACCCCCAUCGGCAGAUCAUUCAAAUGCGGAGGGUCUUGCGAGACCGCAGAGGAAGGUUGUGCCGAGCAGCUUCGGAAAAUCGUAUCUCAGGCAGAGGAGGCGGCGGCCCGUGUUUCCAAGUCAUGGAGCCGGAGCCCGACGGGCACAGAGGAAAAAGAAUCAGCAGAGCCCUUUGCACCACAAGUUCUCUUUCCGGGGACGCAGCACUGCGGCGGUUGCAGCCGCUCGCCAGCCUGGGAUGCCAUUGAGCUGCCUAGCCAGUGGUUUGCUAGACAGCAGAGUAGGAACACGGACACGGUCACCCAUGUGUCGACUACCAACCUCUCCAAGCUGCUGGACGCGCCGCCUGCGCCUGGCUUCGUUGUCGUGGAGCAUUGGGUGUCCACGGCGGUACGCAAGCUGCCAGGCACCAUCUCCCAUGCCGCGUCGGCAGCAGCCUGGACGUUGAAGAGAGCCGAGAUGCAAUGCAUGGCUCGUGCAGAGAAGACGGAGGCGUCGGCCGUGCAGAUAUACCAUCCUCACACAGAUGGAGCCGGCGUGGAGGAGGGCAUAUUCAGAUACCAGGGUCACGUUCCCAUCUUGGGGUGUCCACAGGAUGAGCUUGCCCACCAGAUGUUCUCUGUAGGACUGCUUCGCAACGCUCGAGUGCUGAGCAACGUCAUGUGCAGCGUGGAGCUGUACCAAACUGCCGCCAAGCUCCUCGAGAUGAGAGACGCGACCAUGGCGUCCGGGCUGGACACCCAGGUAGGCGGGCUGAGGACGUCCACGCGGGCUGCUUCGUUUCCGAAGCUGCCCCUUCGAGGGCCGCUGCCUCCCAAGCUCAGCGGCUAUGCUACCUGUCCUACGGAGGCGUACGACGCACUCUGCGACCGCGAACGCCUCAAGGGAGGCAUGCGCAAUACGAGCUUGUUUGCCAUGGCCUUGGGCUACGACAGAGGCGUCUACGGCGGCAGCAUAUCCGGGCUCUGGGCUCUGAUGGACUCCUCCUUCAUGUUCGACUACUCGACGGGCAGCUUCAACAAGCACCUCGCCGAGAAGAUCAGCAAUGCGUUUGCCGUCGUGCGCGGGCACGAUACCGGAAACGCCGAGCUGAACGAGCACUUGCUGGACAUUGUCACGGUGGUAGGGUGCAACUUCACGGCCCUCAAGGCCAAGGCGGCCCUGGAAGAUUCAAGGCGGCAUCUCCGGUCAAGGCCGUGCGUCGCCAUCUGGGAUGACCUGGCCGCCCUGGCACGAUACAGGCUGGCCGACGCCGUCUUCUGCCACGUGUGGUACGACUGCCCCGGCGACGAGGCCAGCCUGGCCAUGGUGGGAACGGGCUGCGCCGUCCACGACCUGAUUGACAUUGGACCGGACAUCUCGUGCGGCGAGAUCAGCAACAUGAUUCCUUCUCUGACCGGCGGCCAUCUGUCGCUCGGGGCCAUGUGGCGCGUCUACGUCGGCGUCAUAGCGGCGGUCGAGUGGUACGCGGAACACGACGCCUUCAACACGGGGGCGCUGGCGAUACUGUUCACGCACUGGUGGCAGCUGGACAACCUGCGACACAGAACGGUCGCCCUCAUGAGCAGGGUGGCGCCGUCGCCAGAGCACGCCGUGUGCCCGGAGCCGCUCUUCUCGGCGCCUUCGUUCAGCACCUUCACGAGCCAGAACGGCCUGAAGUACGAGACGGGCCAGCCCGUCAUGGACAGCCAGAGGGCCGAGCUGGACCGCAUCGAGGCGGCCGGCUUCCAGGAUGUCCAGGGCGUCGUUGGGCGUCUCGUACGCCCCGUGCUGGACUUUGCGGACGGCAAGGACUCCCGCCUGCCCGUCGAGGCCACGUACUGCGCCGACGUCCUGGAGGCUUGCUUGUCCCGCAAGCACUCGCAGAAGAUACGCCUCAUGUGGCGCCUCAUGCUCGUCAUGUGGAAGUGCGGUGCUAUGUGGAACGUCGUGCUGGCGAGCACGCAGUACGCUCACCACGGCCUCACGAACUGCGACCGCGGCCGCGACGACUAUACCGAGGCCACCUGGUCCCAUGCGUCGGAGCAUGCUGGGAGCAAAGCCUCGCCGAAGACCGGGGAGCCAAGGCCUCGAGCUCUGCAGAGGGCGCUCUCAAAGAUAUGCCAGCUGCUCCCGCUGUGA